GAAUGAGAGAUCGGCGGGAAUGGGUUUUUCGUCAAUGUAGCAAAAGCUUGUACAGUGAGAAGAUUUACGACUUUCUACCUGGCGACUGCAGUUAAAGUCAAAGAGGCAUCCCAUAAACGAAGAAAUUGACAUAAUUCAUCCUCGUCCGACCCUGACCGCAUUAGACAGUUUUACGAUCUGAAAAUAAAACACUAUUAUACCAAAUGAGUUCCUACUUCGUCAAUUCACUGUCUACAUGUUACGGACAGACAGUUGGAUUGGAAAGUUGUGCCGAAGGAAAUUUUCACAGAAAUGGAACAUUUCAACAUUCCGGAGGAAUAUACCCCAGUUUCCACGGAUCCAGAUACCCGUUUUCUGCAAAAGACGAACGAUCAGAAGAUCACAGUGUGGACUAUUAUGCUACACAGCGAUUGAGUCAUAUGCCGCAUUCUAGCCCGUGUUCGUCACCCCAUAGUAUCCAUGGAGGGACUCCAAAUAUACAGAAUGUUCAUCACAUGCAUUCAUCAAAUGACCGGUCGUGCAACAUAAGAACAUCUUCAAAUAGUAAUAGUUCGUACUACCCAAACGGUCAACUGACAAACGUGGACAGAAAUAGAUCGCCACCAUCGCAACAACCACCCCCGAUAUCACCCCUUCCUCAACAAUCUCAGACACCACACUCACCCAGACCAGCUGACCAGAGCUACGGAGGAUCUCCACAAAUUUAUCCAUGGAUGAGACGAAUGCAGUAUGCACAAGAUGGUGCAGACGCUGACUCAAAAAGGUCACGGACAUCUUACACGAGACACCAAACAUUAGAGUUAGAAAAAGAAUUUCACUACAACAAGUACCUCACAAGACGACGAAGAAUUGAAAUUGCGCAUGCGCUAAAUCUGACAGAGAGGCAAAUAAAAAUUUGGUUUCAAAAUCGCCGGAUGAAAUGGAAGAAAGAACACAAACUUUCACAUAUUGCCAAGAACAUGAACUUUUGCAACGCGCUAGAGAAAGCAUCUCAACAACGUGACCAUGAAAUGAAAAGUGCAUUGUAGGAUAUAUUAUGUAAAUUAUGUUGCUAGUGGCUCUCCAUAGGAGAACAUAUUUAAGUAAGAAACAGUCCCCGAGUGAAUAUUGAGAGCUAUAAGUGCUAUUUGUAAUUGUUAUUAAAUAGACUGAGAAUUGACAGGAAAUAUUGAACACUGUAUAGUGGGACUGUUUAAAGCACGUGAUAUGGACAAACCAAGGCAGAGCAUGAUUCUACUAUCAUUUUAUCAUUUGAAAUCCAUUGAUAUUAUACGAGAACACCAAGGUUGUACGGGUACUACUAAUAAAGACUGCAUUUGUAAAAUGGUCCAGUCAAAUAGACCACUUGAAAAGAAGUAUUACUACUUGAUAAAACGGCACCUUUUGUAUACAGCUAAUAGAUCAUAUAUGAAUGAUUUGUCAAAAUAUUUUUUCUCGCAUCUGAAGUUGCCCCCAUAGUUGCCCGUUUAUUUUAUUCUUGGAAAACGACCGAAAUACCUAAUUCAUAGAGAGAAAAAAUAAACAUAGUUAUGUAAAAAUAAAUAUGUACCAUUUAGGUACGCAGCUGUAUUGGAAACAAUGAAAACUUGGUCGUUUACAUAUUUUCAAUGAUGACGAGUACGCCAUUAUCAUUUGAAAUAGUCUUCAUAGUCUCUUUUCCAUUCGUCUUCAUGCCAUUACAAUAUAUCAAAUAUCUAGGGUAGUAAGCUACAGCCUCGGUUCCAAAUCAGGGUAAACAAACAUUUUGAUGAAUAAGAAUAUGUUGUUAUAUGUAAUAGAAUGUUAUUUUUGUGUAUGGUCGGUGAUGUUUCUUAAUAUGUCAUAUUAGAUCCGGUAUAUGAUAUCAGCAAUUAUUAUAUUUUAGUUUUACUACAAAUCGAUUGUCAGUUUUAUAUGAAUUAUCUCCCUUCAAUUGUUCAAUAUUUCAUUUACAAUCGAAAACAUGUUUUUUCAAAUUCUUGUAUAUAUGUAUUUGGCAUGUGUCCUUUACUUGGAAUAUUACUUUUGCUUACACGAGAAAUGUAAGCAAAUGUCUGUAAUUAUGUGUUGACUUUAUAAUUUUGACAGGUAGCCGGAGCAGUGCAUGUACAUGUAGGUUCUGGGAGCACAAGCCAGAAAACGUUGGAUGUCAGUCUUACGUGUAUUCUUUAUUCCUUAAAUACAAAGUAUUUCUAUGUUGCAAUUUGUGUCACAAUGAUUAUGUCUUUUACAAAUACACAUGUACCUUUUCCGGGGUGUUGAACGAGUUUGUUUUUCAAUUUAAAAGAUGGAAACGGUUUCUCCGGUCAAAAGUAACGACAGUUUAAACCGUUUCGAAUUCAAAUUAUCAUAGAAUUAAGGAUACUCGAAAACAUCAGUUUUGUUUUAUUUGUACCGUUUGUCCGUUUCAUGGAAAUAAAAUCAACAUUGUGUUGUCACAUUUAUCGUUAAAAAAUGGUGUUAUUGUAAAACUUAACAAACAAAAUCUAUACGGAGGUUCUAAAAUUUUGUUGCUGUGCACCAAAUUAUAGCAUUGUAGUUUUGCAAAUACUCAGAAACCAGUUGAGAGCCAGUUGAGAGUAUAUAGUAACACUCACUUUAUUAUUAUAAAAUACGAUAUAUUAUUUUCCUCGCAGUACGCAAGGAAAUGUACCCUAAAGACCAGAAUAUUAUGUAAAAAGACACGUUUUUUGUGUAAUUUAUGUUUACUUGUUUGUUUGUUUAUUUUGUUUUUGACAGUCAAUUGUCUACGAUGAUAGAUUAAUGUUAUAUUUUACUUUUUAAACCAUUAACUGCCAAUGACUACUUCAAAUAAAAAAAUGAAUUGUAA